AUGGAUCUCGUCAACGCCCAGCAGCCCUUGCACAUUCCAGGCAUAGGCUUCCAAGUCUUUCACUACCGCCAUGAUAUAUUUACUCCCGGCAUACCACCCAUGGCGCAUCACAUUGGCGUCUUCACCAGCCUUGCACACGCCCAAGAAGCCGCGCGAUUUGAAUUCGAACGUGUCCUGGCCGAAUACCUCACCCACGGCUACUACGGCCGCUGCUUCAACGAGAUUGACUUGAAUCUACGCGGGCUCAUCACGGCGUACGUGGACAUUGUGGAACACGGCCGAGUGCUACGGCGCGAAGUCUACUUGAACGAAUUCCACAUUACGACCGUCGACGUCUGGGACCCGACUUGGGACGCCGAGGUACGCAGAGUGGGUGAAAACAUGCUGUUCAACGGUCUGAGGAGUGGACAUGUGAUCUAUGAGAAGGCAGAUGGGGCGGCUGCGUCGACGGCAAUGUCACACGAACCUGUUGGACCGGUAGCGCCUACAUUUGAACUACCCGAGCCCCACCGCAUCCUUGAGAGAGAAGCAAAAUCUGUUCCAUUUGGCGUCCAGCACGAAGAGGAGCGUUCGCCCGAAUGGGCGAGAACUCGCAUUCCGAUAUUCACCCGUCGGGACGACGCUCCUUUUCGUCGACCAGGCGAUGCGCCCUACGCUGAUCGAAUGCCGUUUUCGCCGCCGCCGCCAAAGUCCCCCGUGCCUCCUUCAUUGCAGCAGUCAAAUGAACCAGUGACAAGCAAAGGCAUGUGGCUUGAUGGAUUGGGCAUUUGGAUUCCUGCAGUGCGAUACCAAGACGAAUGA